AUGACGACAACACCAAGUCGCAAACCAGUACGGGUCGAUGUGGAGAGGUCAAAAAUUGACAGAAGCGCGGCUCUUCCAGAACUCGCUGUUGUUGGUGUACCUGCUAAAAUUUCUGCACCGAAAGUUACCGACAGGCUGAAGAAAGGAAGCAAAAUAGUUCCUAAUAUUGAGGAUUCUGAGAAACACAUUGCUAAUGAAGAAAUAGGUUCUACUCGUACAUCUUCAAAAACUUCUUCUGUGGAAAAACUUGAUUCGGAAUCAGCAAUAGGCCGAUCACUGGACUAUUCUGGCUUACUCUCAAAACAAGAAACAUCAUCUCCAGACAUUGUAAUGAGAUCGGAAUCAGAUCUCUCAGGAAAUACUCUUGAUGAGUUAUCCGUGCAACAUCCAGAAUUUACUUUACUGGAGCAAAAGUUUGAAAUGAGGGAUACUGGUGGCCAAUUUUCGCCCACCAGUGACUUGGAGGUCCCGUCAGGAACAGAGGAUGUUCAUGUGGAUGAAGAGCCUCAACUGCUCGGUCCACUACCAGCUGAAACAGCUUUAUCUCAGUUAGUUCCCGAAGUGAGCGUGUAUCCCCCAUCAGAGAAAUCAAUGGAUGAGGAAGCAGAUUCUCUCUCAAAUGAAGUGGUCGGAACAAAUUCAGCUGAGGGAUCCUUCAACAAGCUUCAUGAAACAGUGACUGAAAUCGAAAAAGCAGAACCUCAGGAGAUGGAAGAAAUCCCGGCACAAGCAUCAACGGAACUGGGUACUUUGAGGAUAUCAACAGAAGUUCAACAGGUUCCAGAAACGGCAGGGAGUGCAGAGUUACCAAAGGAAGAACUGAAAAAUACGAAAAUGUCAGAGGAAAAUAAUGAGGAAAUCACUGAUCAUGACAUAGCGGUUGUUACAGGUGAAACAAAAAGGAUGAGUGAAUUUGAAAAUGAUAUCACCACAGGGGUCGCCCCAAAAAGCAGCGGUCCGGCGGCAACUACACUCUUUGAAGAGUAUUUAGGAAAAACACCUCCUCGAAGAGAAAACGUACUGGCAGACGAGGAAGUAGAAAAGCAAAUUUCCAGCAGUGCAGCUGUGAAUCAAACAAAAAAUCUAGAACAUCUUGAGCAUUUUGGUGAAUUCACACAGAGCACAGAAUCGAAAGUACCAGACCAAGCUUCUGAGAAGGAUGCAGAAAGCGCGCUGAACGCAGAGUCAGCGGUUGAAGACCAGAAUGGGCUGUAUGGCUGGAAUAAGCCUGUGACUGCUAUAGGAAAUGACGGGGUUAGUGAUGAAAAUCUUGCAAGUUCAGAUAUUUUGCUAGCAGAACCCAGCAACUUCGAAGAAUCUGGAGGAAGUAAUGUUGAGUCAAGUAAAACAAACGCCAUAAGUGAGAGUGAAGCUGAAAAACAAGUAGAUGCAGCUGAAGAUAUAGCCCAGUUCGAAACCGAAGAGCCAUCCAUACAACCAGACAUCCUUCGAGAUUCUGAAGAUAAAGACCAAGGAAUGCAGCCUAGGGGAACUGAAACGGAACAAAGUGCGACCACCUCUUUUGAAGCCAGAGUAGAGACUGAUCAACAACCUGUGAUCGAGCAUGGAACAGAAGCAGAGACUAAAACCAAUCAACCACCAGUGGCCGAGUAUGGAACGGAAGCUCAUUUUAAAACCGACCAACCAACAGAGGAGUUCGCACCGACGUCUGUGAUUGAAGAAUCCUCUUCAUUAUCAGAGCCAAUUUCUUCAACGCUCCUGGAGAAGCUUGGAGCAAUGGGGACAUCAGAGACAAAGGGGCUGGAUGUUGCGCAACUCUCAGCAGAAUCUGGUGAAGCUGCGACACAUGUGUUGUCGGACAAUGGUAAUUUGGAGGAAGGGAAUAAUGCGACUACUGAAAGGCAAGGAAGUCGUUUUGCUUCUUCACUAGCUUCUCCACCAGAACUUGGCGUGCCGUCGAGUUCAGAAGAAUUUAUUUUUACAAAUAAGGGCGAAGAGGCUCUUCUUUCUGGCAAUGAACAAAUGGCAGAAGCAGAACUGAAUAAGUCGGAAUCCGGUACAAAAUCAACAUUUGAAACUACCGACAACGCCAAAAGGGAAGCUUCGAUGGAAGACGCCGAAAAGAAAGCUACUGAAGCCCAAAUGCCAUCAGCUUCGGCAGUGUUUGAAAGUCCGAAAAUUCAGCUUACUGCAAAGGCAGUUCAAGAAGCGUCAUUGGAAACUGGUAGUGACGCCAAGAUUCACGAAACGAAUCGGAAUGCUGGUGUGGAAGAUGGCAUGAGAGCAGCAAACGAGAAGGAUAGUACAGCUUCGACGGAAGAUAUACAGAAAGUAGAAGGUUUGUCAGAAAGCAACUGUGCUCCAGCUGAAUCAGCAGAUCCCGGUGCGGCAAGAAAACAUGAAAUAUUAGAACUCAAUAUUGCAGACCUUAUGAAAACAGAGUCGAACUUACACAACGAAAAAUUAUCUGAUUCUAAUGAGCGCAUCGAAAGUAAUGAAUUUUAUGAUCAGAACGGAAAUUUCGAAGCUGCAGAGAAUGCGCGCAAAGAAACUGAAUAUGUGGAGAAAUCGAGUGGGCCUAAAGUUGAACCUUCUGUGGAACACGAAAUAAACCGAGGAGAUGACUCAGAAUCAGGAUCGGCACUUGCGGCGCCUGAUUUGGUUGCGUUCGUGUCACAUCCUGAGGAAUCUGACACGCAAAAAGAUGCAGCAUUCAGCAGCGUUCCAGAAAUGCUUUCGGAAUCUGGCUUUGGACUAAGUGUGCAAGCAGAUGUGGGGCGAACAUCACAAGACAUAUCAACGGAUCUUUCCUCUGCAGCGGUUAUGGAAGUUCAUUCUGAGAGCGUCGAAGAUAGUGAAUCCAAAGAUGCGUCACGAAAAGAAACCACUGAUGUUUCAGGGCAUUUUGGUCAAGUAACAUCAGUCGAGCCAGGACAGCGUGGUUCUGAGGGUAAACUGAGGGCUGAUGAAGCUGCAGUAGAAGAUCAGCAAAAACAACUUAACGAAGUCGAAGGUAACAACAGCAUGCAAAACGAAGAGCUGGUGGGAAAUAUCGAAUCUGUAUCUUCUGACCGAAAACUUGCGAAAACAAUCACUUCUUCAGAUCAGCCGCCAGAAAAUAAUGAACUAAGUACAGCUAGCUAUAUGACAAAUACGGAAAUAACAGAGAAAUAUACCGAUGCGGAAAUACCAAUUAAGUUGGAAAAACUCGUAGUGCCUAUGACUUCCGAAAAUAUUGUCAUUGAUGGAGUGACAGAAAGUCUUGAAGCCGUAACUACUGGUGUAUUAAGUCGAAAACUUGAGGAAUCGCAUCGGAUGGAGGACCAACACAAAAAGCAAGAUGCUGAAGCUGUGCUGGAAACGUCACAUACUGAAAAACCAAACACGCCAGAAGAUGCAGCUUUCAAGGGCAUUUCAGAAAUGCAGCCAGAAUCUGAUGCUGGAUUGAAGAUGCAAACAGAGUUGCCGAGGUCUUCACAAGAGAUAUCGUCGGAACUCUCUUCUCCCGCAGUUGUGGAAGCUUAUCCUGAAGGUAUCAGCGACAGUGAAUCGAAGGAUGCGUCACGAAAAGAAACUCUUGAUUCAGAACAGACUGAUCAGAUAGCACUGGUCGAAACAGGACAGCAUAGUUUUGAAGGCCGGAGGAGUGCUAGCGAGGUUGCAUCAGAAUCUCAGCAAAAACAGCUUAACGAAACCGAAGAUGACUAUAGUAUGCAAAAUGUAGAGGUGGCAGGAAAUAUCGAAUCUGCAUCUUCGGCUCGAAAGCUUAUGGAAAUCAACGUUUUUUCUGACCAACCGCUAGAAAAUGACGAAAAAAACGCCAAAAGCUUGACAACAAAUGCGGAAAACGCAGGAACAUUUAUAGAAAUGCCGAUUGAAUCGGCGCCUGUAAGUCUCGAAAAUAUUAUCACUGAUGGAGUGACAGAAAACUUUGAAGCCAUAAUUACGGGUGUACUGGAUUCGAAACCUGAAGAAUUGCUUGGGGCGGAGGAACAACACAUAGAACAAAAUGCUGAAACUGUACCUGAUUUGGUUGUGCUGGGGAAGUUACAUCCUCAGGAACCCAACGCGCAAAAAGAUGAAGCAUUCAGAGGCGUUCCAGCGAUGCAACCAGGAUCUGAUGUUAGGUUAAGUGCGCAACCAGAUUUGGAGCGAUCUUUACAGAAAGAAGUAUCACCGGAUCUUUCCUCACCAGUGGUUGUGGGAGCUCACUCUGGGGGGGUCAGCGAUAGCGAAUCCAAGGAUGCGUCGCGAAAAGAAACUGUUGAUGUUCCGAAGCUGUAUGAUCAGAUAGCAUCAGUUGAGAAAGUACAGCAUAGUUCUGAUGAGGAUCAUUUGAGUGCUGAUGCAGCUGCAUUAGAAGCUCAGCAAAAGCAGCUUAGCGGGGCUGAAGCUGAAAGGAUGCAAAAUGAAGAGCUGGCAAGAAGUAUCGAAUCUGCGUCUUCUGGCCUAGAGUUUACGCAAAAAACUAUUUCUUCAGACCAAAAUAACAAAAUAAGUGCUGAGAACUUGAUGAAAAACGCGAAAACAGCAGAGGAAUACGCUGAAAUGGGAAUGCCGAUGGAGUCGGAAAGACUUACUGCAGCGCCUAAAAGUAUUAUUGAUGGAGUGACUGAAAGCCUUGAAGCCAUAAUUGCAGGUAUAGCGGAUCUGAAACCUGAAGAUUUUCACGGCAUGGAGGAAAAUCAUACAAAACAAGAUGCUGAAGUUCCAGAAUACAGUCGAGCAGAAAAGUCACUUUACACGGUAACCAUUCCUUUCCUAGAUACUGUGAACCCUGUUUCUCACAGAAUUUCAGCUGAAAAGGAUGAUGUGGAACUGAGUGUUCCUGAACAUCUAACUGAAGAAGAUACACUUGAAGAAACUGGCCAGGGAAAAUCAGGAUCUGCUCCUCCGGAAGUUUCUUCUGAAAGAUUUGCUGAUGAACAACUGCUGCCAUCCGUUGUUGAAAAUUCUCCCGCGCGUAUGCGUGAUGUUUCCGAAGAAACGGUGAUUUCGGGAAUUUCCGAAUAUGGUGAAGUGAUUCAAGAAAUUUUCUUAUGUGAUAGCAAUGCAACAGCAAUUGAAGAAGCCAGUUUCAUUCCCGAGUCUAGUGCAGGCACCGCGAAACAACAGGAGCAGACCUCGCCACCAACAAAUUUGAUCAGUAAGCCAGUCCUGGAGUUUCACAAAAAGAGGGAAGUGUCGGAAGAAGCUGGGAACACAAAGUAUUUGGGAAUUCAUGAAGUAGACAAGGGCGCAGCGGAAGUCGAAUCCGAAAUAACUCGGACAACAGGUAAAAACGAACUUGGUAAUGAACUCAAUACGUUUUUGGAGCAGUAUAUGGGCGAAAUUCUACAAAAUGUCGUGUACGAAAUUGGUAGAGCUUUAAAAUCCGAAAGCCCUAAAGAAGAGUGCGCUAAAAACUUUGAAUUUUUGGAGACGAAGAAGUUCGGUGAGGAUGAAUCAAUGCCGCUUGCUUACGAAGAAUUUGUUUCUCGGGUAAAUUCCGUACAUGAGGACCACAGUUUUCAGUCUCAGUCAACCGCUUCUCACACCGGAAUAAAUGACGAAGCGAGAAAGUUUGACAGUGGAGCACACUUAAUUCAUGAACGGUCCGCGACAUCAUCUGAAAAACUCGUCGGUGUCGAGUAUUUUGUAACUUGUUUACCAAAUGGUUCGAGACAAGGGAAGGAUUCCGUCUUUCCAGUGAAAUCUUCCGCGGAAGUUGAAUUUUUAGGGAUGCAGGAGGAGGAGCUGAGCCAUGGAAAAUGCGCGGUGGUGGAUUCAGUGGAGUUAACAACAAACGGUAAAAGUGUGGACGAAAUUCAGCACCUGCGGAUUGUCCAUGGCCUUAAUGGAUAACUAAUAGGAUGUUUGAGGGCUUUGUCAAGCAACGCUGAGUCCAGUACGGAUACACCUGACGAAAAUGCCAAUGUUUCUCCACUGCAACAAUCGGACGAUAUGAAAUCAACAAAGAACGAGACUUGCAGCAAUCAG